AUGUUUGUAAAUGGGGUAAUACUGAGAUUAAGGCGGCGCAACUUUCAAAGCAAACAUUACAAUUUACAGUUGUGCAAUGAUGUAGUGUCGAAGCGAAAUCACACCCUGAAACCCAGAGUUGUUCUACCAGAAACAUACGUCAAAGAAAUGCGCCCCCCUUCACGCAAAGGACAACCAGUAAUUGUGGAAUUUAGUAUAUAUGUUGUGGAUGUAAAUUCAAUUAAUGUUGAAGAUAUGGAUUUUAGAGUGGAUAUGUUUAUAAGACAAACGUGGAUCGAGAGCCGUCUUCAGCUACCUGAUGACAUAUUCGAGGAAGGUGAUAAUCACGUCACACUACCUCCAGAGUUUUUUGAUAAUCUGUGGCAUCCCGAUCCUUAUUUUUUGAAUUCUAAAGUCACAGAAAUAGCAGAACUCACCCACAAGUUCUCUUCCGUAACGUUAUACAGGAAUCAAACUGUUAGAUACGCUGCAAGGAUGCACGCCAUCAUCGCAUGUCAGAUGGAAUUUCAACUCUAUCCUAUGGACAUACAGUCGUGUCCUAUUUAUAUAGAAAGUUUUUCAUACAGUAAUCAGAAAGUGCGGUUCAAGUGGAGUGAAGCUGGGGUGACGAUAAAUCCAGAACUAAAGCUACUUCAGUAUAACAUCGGAGAGCCAUUAAGAUUAGAGGAGACUAAUGGAUUGAUGAUUGAUAAAGAGGGAAACUUCUCUCGCCUGGUGGUAUACUUUCGCUUUGAGCGUCAAAUUGGUCAUCACCUUAUACAGACCUUCGCCCCUUCCUCACUAGUAGUGAUGCUGUCAUGGUUUAGCUUCUGGUUGGAUCUGGAUGCAGUUCCUGGAAGAGUAACUCUGCUUGUCACAUGUAUGCUGACCUUGGUCACAAUGUUUACAGGUCUAAGAGCUGAUAUACCUCCCGUUGCUUAUGUAAAGGCAUUAGAUUUGUGGAUGGCCGGUUGUAUGAUGUUUGUUUUCGCUGCCCUUAGCGAAUUCGUCGUUGUUAAAGUGUUAGAUAAACAAUAUCAAAUGAACAAGUCGAGAGCACAGGAAGCCAUUCCACGAAUAAUACCAGUUCGUAUAAAUGGCGAGAAGGGAUCCUGUGGCACAGUUGCCGCCUGGGAGGGAAGUGGGGUCAGAUGUCGCAAGGUUGACCUCACCUCACCCGCAUCUCCCCCAGCCACAACCCCAGCGGUGCAUUCUAACCCAGCCGCCCCCACACACCUCGUAGGGGAGCGAAGGCAAAGUAUAUUGCAAGUUGCGUGGCUGGAUGCAGAUACAGGCCAAGAAAGAGUAUUAUGGCGGGAAAUAGACAAACUAUCAAGAAUUGUAUUUCCUGCUUUGUUUCUUCUCUUCGUUACCUUAUACUGGCCUGUGUUGCUGUUAAAAACUAAGAGUUCUUCACAUUAA